AAAAAUCUAAACCCUUCUCUUAAAGAAAAAUCAAAACCGCACCGAAGAAUACAUUUUGGUUUACACUUUGUAGAACCGCGGAUCGGUAGAUCAAACCGGAAAUUUGUCUUCUAAUUCCUAUUAUAUAAAGUUGUAAAGUAUAAACCCUUUCUUCCUCGCGGCACUCUCUCUGUCUCUGUCUCUGUCUAUAAGCUUACCCCCGCCAAGGCAAGGCAAAAGCCAAGUACUUCAAAUUUCCUGUUUUGACCAACCUUGCUUUCGUAUCCCGCUGUGUUAAUAUCGUUUCUAGAAAAAAAGACUUCGGAAUCGAAGUUGUCCAAACCCUGACCGGGCGUGAUCAUGGCGACUCCGAAUGAUUCUUGGUCGCGCAACGUAUCAAUGCCAUUGCGUAGAAUUCGGCUUCCCUGUCCGAGAGUAAACUAUUUUUCCAUACUCAUGAUGCCCAGGCCUUCACAGGGAUCCACAUUUCUCAAGGACUGCCUCUUAGAAUUGAGGGAACAGAACACAGCAGCAGAUUUUGUUUCAUUUUAUGAAGAAAUGUUGCCGGGUGUUAAGACUGUGAAGUUGAUUGAGCUGCAAAAAGAUUUCAUCUUCUCAAAACUUGUCUCAGGAUUACAACUGGAAGCAAGAAUCUCUCUCGAACCCAUCCUCAGAUUGAUUGCUGCUUUAUCGGGAGAUCUCAAGGAGGACUUUAUUCCCUUCAUUCCACGGAUUGUUAACUCAUUAGUGAUUCUCCUGAAGAAUGGUGGUCAGAAAGAUCCAGAGAUCAUUGAGCAGAUAUUCACAUCAUGGUCUAAAAUAAUGGAAACCCUAAGGUUUUAUCUCAAACUCGACAUCGAAGGUAUUCUCAGGGAUACUUUGGAGCUGAGGUACUACCCUAAUGACAGUAUCAACGAAAAAAUGUCAAAAUCGAUGUCAUGUUUUUUAAGGAUCUCACACGCUAGUCAACUUGAAAAAGGGAGGAAGAUGAUCCUUUCUGAAGUUGCAGAGCAACCGGAAAGAGCUGCGAGAGCUGGUUUACUAUACUAUGAUAUAUUUGUGUUCCAGCAGAAACGUUAAAUGAAGCGGAAACACAAUAGAGAUUUUGUCUCUGCUUUUUUUAUGUUGUGUUAUUCAAUCAUGGGUAGAUUUAAGUGGAUUUGUAGUAAUCUUUUAAAUCUUAUGUUAUUCAAACAUGAAUUUUAAAAAGUAUUUUCAAAUUCUAUGUUAUUGAUAAGAUUUAAAUUUUGAUAUUAUUUUUAACAAUUUU